GCAUUGAAAUUGCCUUGCUGGUACAUAACAGUGUGGUGCUCUCAGUUGAACGUGUAUUUGAAGCUCUUGGAAUAAAGGAUAUGUGCUUGCAACGUUAUAUCAUUUAUGAAAGAAAACAUAAGUAUCUCUUAUUAAGUUAAUACGAAUUUUAUACAGUUGCAGUGGUUUAACAGUUUUGGGAUAAUAUUGUAACAGGAACAUUAUAAUGCACUUCUUUAACUGCAAGAUUGUUUCUUAGAUUGUUUUAUUGUUUUAAUUACAUUUGGAUUGUUGUGGUUACGAAAAAGGUGUAAAGUGUAAUGUAUUUACGAAUGGAAAUCGUUGCAAACAUUACAGUGUUUUGAAAAGCGAAUGAUCAGAGUAGUCUGUCAAUAUGUCAAGUAUAUAUAAUUAAUCAAGCUGUUCUGGCGUGUUCAACAAUUUUAUAGUGGAAAAGAGUACACACGGUUUUGAUAAUAGGAUCUAGGUAGUGACUCUUUGAAUAUUAAUUGCUUGGAUUCACUAUACUGCUCUCUGGCGGUUUAUAAAUUCAUUGCGUAUACUAUUCGUAAUAUAAGAAGUGACAUAAUACAUUACCGUGCAUCAUUAAAACUUGUUACUCUAUCUUCCGGGUAGUUGAUGAUUUAACGUUUUGAUACAGAACUUAAUAAGGAUAAUUAAGGAUACACGUGUGCGAUAAGAUGAACGGGUCAAACCUGUCGACGCCGAGCGAUGGCGAGGCAAUUCCAUCCAGCCAGUUUGCGAAUUUAACUGCAUUCGACAUUUUGUACAAAACUGCUCCACAAGUGGUUAUGAUUGACAGGGUUGUCACGCCUUUUUGGUACAUCAUUGGUUUCCUUGGCAAUCCAAUUUCAGCAAGGAUCUGGUUGUCAAGGAAGGUUUGUAAGUCAAAUUCUUCAGCUGUAUAUUUUGGUUCCCUUGCCAUCGUGGAAACUGUUUACCUCGUGCUGCACGUAAUAUAUGAACUGCAGAAUGCCUGGGGAAUCAACACCUUUCACACUCCUGUCAGAUGUGAAAUAUUCAAUUUUCUUCUCAUUACGCCUCAGUACAUGGUCCCGAUGCUAGUCUUGGGUUUCACUACAGAGCGAUAUAUAGCGGUGUGCCAUCCAUUUGUGAUGGAAAAAUACUGCACUGUAAAACGCGCCGUAAUAGUGAUAUGCUGUAUGGGUUGCGCCUCGGUCGCCCUGGGGCUAAUUCAGGUGUAUGUGUGGUCAUACAGUGACAUGUUUGGCUGCGUGUUUCGCGAAGGUGCUGAAAUCUUCCAGCAAGCGUGGACGUGGUUCACAGAAAUGCUCCUGUUUCUCAUUCUGCCCGUGGCGUGUCUUUUGCUUAACUUGCUUGUGAUCAGAGAAAUCAAGCGGCUUUCAAUAGAAAGCGCCGCUCACGGUCAGGGGACAAACCCGGCCUCAACAAUCACGCUAUUGUGUGUCUCAUUCUACUUCAUAUUUACGCUGCUUCCGGCAACGAUUGUGUACGCGAUGCAGCAGUCUAUCACGCAAGGCGACUCUUCACUUCCGCUUGAGCAAUGGGCAUCAGAUCCAGUAUGGAGCAGCUAUUUCACGUACUUAACGGUCCGUAAAAUCGUGGAAGAAAUUUGUCUCUCUAAUUAUGCAGCGUAUUUCAUUAUUUACUAUGCCACAGGUGUAUACUUUAGGCGGUCAUUUAGACAGUUGCUGUGCAUACCUAUCCGACCAAAGAGUCGGGCCGUGCCCGCAGACUUCAGUAUGUCCUUAACAAAGGGCAAGCACAAGUGCGCAGAGACAGUUGUUCUAAAUGAUAAUGAAUCUCCGAGUGACACAUGACGUUAUAAAUAAAUUAAUUGAAGGAGCUCGCAUAGAAAAUUUAUUUAUUAUUAAUAUCACUUUGAUGAAACGUUUUGGACAUGUUACUUUUUUAUUAAUGUAUUUAGAUGUAUGCAUAUGUUUCAUAGAGUGCUUACACUUGAAUUGUGUAGAAAAGUUCGUAUGUAAUUACCUUUCCUUCCAUUGGUAGGUUCGAAAGAAACUAAUGAGCAUAGUCAAUAUAAACAUUUUUGGAAAAUAAAUUGUGCUUUUGUCUGCACAAGAGAUUUUUAA